CUCGCUGAUUCACACACUGCUUCGGGAACCUUCUUUCUCGCUCCCAUUUCCUAUCUUUCGGAAAAAACAGGGGUCGCCUGAGAAAAAGUGGAGUUUUCUACUGAGAUGUGAUGGGUUCUCUGUCUAUGAUGGAGCGAGAGCUGAAUUCGACUCCAGUUUGAUGAACACCUAAGGAAAUGGUGAAGGCUGUUGCUGUCCUGGGUAGCAGUGAGGGUGUUAAGGGCACAAUUUACUUCGUCCAGGAAGGAGAUGGUCCAACCACCGUCACCGGAUCCAUCACUGGCCUCAAGCCUGGGCUUCAUGGCUUCCAUGUGCAUGCUCUUGGAGACACCACCAAUGGAUGCAUGUCAACUGGGCCUCAUUUUAAUCCUGCUGGAAAGGAACAUGGUGCUCCUGAAGAUGAAAACCGACAUGCUGGUGAUCUAGGCAAUGCCACUGCUGGCGAGGAUGGUAUUGUUACCGUCUCAGUUGUUGAUAGCCAGAUUCCCCUCUCAGGACCGAAUUCCAUUAUUGGGAGAGCUGUUGUUGUCCAUGCUGAUCCUGAUGAUCUGGGCAAGGGUGGGCAUGAGCUGAGCAAGACCACUGGAAAUGCUGGUGGAAGAGUUGCCUGCGGUAUCAUUGGGCUUCAAGGUUGAGUUUCAUAUUCCCAAAAUCUGUCGGCAAUGAAUAUCCCUUAUUGCGCUGCAGCUAUCAUUUCCUUUUACAGCUACUCUGUCAGUCUUCCUUAGAACUUGGCUUUCCUGGUGUCAGAAUAGUGUUAAAUAAACAGGGUAAACAUUUGCCUUGCGGAAUGCGAACUUAAUGAUGUAGAACUCUUUAUUCAGUACUCUCCUUUUGGAUUAUUAUGCAGUUUAAAAUUGGUGUUGCGUUC